AAAGCAAGAACUGGAAGAAACAGCCAAUCUACAGAGCAAGCCAGCACACCGUUUCGUCAUACGGUUGGCCCCGGAAUUAGGCGCGCCUCGGUUGCUUCCUAGCCGCCGGAUUAAUCAUUCCCUCCCCCCCUGAGGUCGGUUGCCUUUGAUGCUCCAAAUUUCUGAAAUUUCUUCUCAUCAGAUUUUGAUUUCUAUUUUAGGAGUUUAGUGAUUGGUUGGAGGAACAGCCAAAAUUGGGCGUCCAUCAGAAGUAACUCGUUUUAAUUUUUCGUGUUCCUGGGUGAACAAGGCGAGUUGGUUUGGUUGGUUUGCUUCAGGUUACAAGUGGUUUGACUUUUCCGAGGACAAAAGUUUCCAACCUGUAGCCUGUAGGGAUUGUUCUGUUUCUGGGACCUGCCCAUCUGGAGCGUUGCUCCUAGUUCAACCUCAUAGCCUGAAACCGGAGCAAAAGGCUCAAGUUAAUAGUGGGAUAUGAUGAAGCUAAAAAGUAGAAGACUGUCAUUUUAUAAGGAUGGUCAUCCAGAUUUGGUUGCUCAAGUGAAGUCUGCAGCCAAGAACAUGAAGGAAGAAGAUAUUGAGCCUCAUCAACCAAUUCAGCUCAGAAGCAGAUGGCUUCUUGGUGAUGUAACCGAGGUGUUGGAUCAAGAUUCAUGGAGGCUUGGGAAGAUUACAGAGGUGCUAAGGAAUGACUAUUUUGCCAUCAGGGUAGUGGGCUUCAUCCAACCGAGGGAAUUCCACAUAUCAUGCUUGAGGAUUCCACAUGCUUAUCAUAGCAAGCAGUUGACUGUAGAAGACAGGGUUUCUGAGCUGAGUAAACCGGUCCGACUUGCUGGUCACUCCUCUCACCACUCAAAAUUUGUGAUGGAACAGGAUAUUCAGGCCUAUGAAGAGGAUGGUAACAAUACUAGGAGGAAAGCGACCAAUGUUUGUGCUUCAACUAGUGCUAGAGUUGUGAAGAGAAAACUAGAAGAAACUAGGAUGCCACCUAACGAUUCAGUUACAAGAACAGGCAAGAAACAGAAAGUAGCUGCAUAUGAAGUUCGUCAGCUAACCAAGAAUGUGUUGCCUCUGAAUAUGUCUGAUAGGAAUGACAUCGAUGGCAAUAGCUUUUACAGGCCUUUAAGUGGCAGAUGCUAUGAUCUCGCCAAGAACAACAAUGCAAAGAGAAAACCAGAUUGCAAAGUUCUUCCUUCCUCUGGAAUACCCUUGCACAUCAGAGAAGCGAACGAGUGCUCAGUGGCUAGUUGCAGCGUUAAUUAUUUGGAAUACUGUACCAAUGAUGAGGAACAAUCAGUCAGAAUCAGCAGCUGCUUCCCUGAUGAUGCCAUGUCUGCAUGUCCAUCUAUAUCUGCACAGGAGAAUAACAAUGUUUGUAGCUACAGUUUACAUAUGAAUGUACACGAGCUGGAGCUACAUGCAUAUCAAUCAACAGUAAAAGCUUUCCAUGCCGCGGGGCCGCUGACAUGGGAGCAAGAGUCACUACUGACAAACCUGCGCCUCUCGCUGAACAUCUCAAAUGAGGAGCACUUGCUUCAGUUGAAGCAUCUCUUGUCUCUCUGAAAAUUUAAAAACUAAAAUACUUUUUGUGUAUCUCUGGGCUGCCCCCAACUUGUAGAGUUCUCCACAGCUUUGUAGCUUUUCUUCUACUUUUAUGGCAGUGUAUAUAAGAAGACUGAAGAGAAACUUACCUAUAGUUGUCAGGAGUAAAUGGAAUUAGUGCUUUCAGGGUAAUGGAGAGCUAUCAUCAAAUUUUAUUUACCUAUAUAUGCUAGUCAAGGUUGAAAUACUA